AUGGCUUCUCCGGUGGACGAGAAAAGCACGGCCGUUUGUGACGCGAAAAGCCUCUGGGACGACGCGGAAAUUCCGCUGGCGUGGGCCGUGGAGGCGUCGCGGCUCUCGCUGUCCAUCGAGAACCCCAUUCGCAAGAUCACCGACUCUCUCGCCGCCGUGCUCGCCGCGCCUUCUGCGCAGGCUGCAUCUGCUGCGCAGGUCACGUCUGCUGCUCCUGACGCUCCUCCGAAACCGUUGAUCUCGUUGGGUCAGGGGGAUCCUACGGCGUUCGGGCAUUUGAAGCUGCCGGAUGUUGCGGUGCGCGCCGUGCAAGACGCUAUAGCGAGUGGUCGCUAUAACGGGUACCCGCCUUCUAACGGACUGCCUGACGCACGGAGGGCGGUGGCUGAAUUUUGCUCCACGUCAGCGCUCGAAACGCUCCCUCCUGCCACGUCAGCAGGGUGCGCGCCUGCAUGCUCAGCUGCUGACGUGUACAUCACUGGAGGCUGCGGCCCUUCCAUUCAGCUGUGCUUAGACGCGCUCGCGAAUCCGGGCAAAAAUGUUUUGCUGCCCCGCCCGGGAUUCCCGGUCUACGAGUGCAUGUGCAUGCACUCCGGCUUGGAGCCCAGAUUUUACGACCUGCUGCCCGAGAAGAACUGGGAGGUGGAUCUCGGGCAGGUUGCAAAACUUCGUGAUGAGAACACAGUGACUAUACUGGUGUGCAAUCCGGGGAAUCCCUGCGGGCAGGUCUUCUCUCGGCAGCAUCUGGUGGAGAUCCUUACCACAGCAGCGGCCCUCCGUCUACCAAUCAUAGCUGACGAGGUGUACGAGGGCAUCGCUUUCCAGGAAGCUUCGCCCUUCAUCCCCCUGCGUGCUGCAGCCAUGCAGCUAGCCCUGCAACAUCCACAACAACCCCAACAAUCCCAUGCCGACCACGCUGCUAGCUCGUCUGCAGCAGCAGGCAGCAAUGGGAUGCUUGGUAACGGGGUGCAUGUGGGAAACGGUAACGGGCAUGUUGUUAGUGGAGAGCGGUUCCUGGUGCCGGGGUGGCGGGUGGGGUGGAUCGCAGUGCACGACCCUCGUAACAUUCUGAGGAAUGCUAAGGUCAUAGAGUCUUUGGAGCGAAUCCUGCAGUACGCCCCUCAGCCAUGCUCCCUCAUCCAGGCCGCCCUUCCUGCCGUUCUCAACACCACGCCGCCCUCGUUCCUCCGCCACCUCAGCAGCCAGCUGGCAGAUGCCGCCCGCACCAGCCUGUCUCGGGUUGGCGCCAUUCCGGGCCUGGAGUGUCCCAGCGAACCGCAGGGGGGAAUGUUCCUCAUGGUUCAUGUAAACCUAGCAUCCUUCCCGUCAUUUCCGGACGACAUUUCAUGGUGCAGGCAGCUUUUGCAAGAGCAGAGGGUGGUUUUGAUCCCAGGCACUGCAUUCCGGCUGAAUUCAUCGCGCGCAAUCAUGUCCAGUCCGUUCGUCGCAGGAGUCGCGGUGGCAACGGCUGCUCUCGCGGCGCGGUACGGCAUAGAGGCGUGGCAGGCGUUUAAAGCGCGACCUGCCGUGCCGCGCAUUCGGCGCUUCUACGAGGGGGGCUUCCAGCCUACUAUGACGCGACGAGAGGCUGCUCUCAUUCUUGGGAUCAGGGAGAGUGCAGCACAGGAGAAGGUGCGGGAGGCGCACAGACGGGUGAUGACAGCCAAUCAUCCAGACGCAGGUGGCAGCGACCUACUGGCGUCCAAGAUCAACGAGGCUAAGGACUUGCUCCUGGGCCAGACCAAGGGCAGCGGCUCUGCGUUUUGA